AUGGUCUAUUUUGCUUAUGCCAAACGACGUGAUGCCUUUCUCACCAGCGCACUGAUGGAGUUCCUCCCGCACACUAACUUUACCAUUCCUCCUUUUCCUGAUGAGCUCGUCCCAUCGCAUGGAGAUGCCGAGGCAUCUGCAGAAGUACCUCCACCCGCCCCAGCUGCUGCUCAACAUUCAUCGAGUAAAGACAGUUCCCAGCGAGCUGAAGCAGAGGAGCCAGUGGACCCUGAUCCGAUCCACGCAGUUUCGCCUGAUGAAGAUAGAGAAGCCAACCUCCAACUUUCUAAUUUCCCGGAGCCUGCCCAAUUUGUUGAACCAUUCGCAGAAGAACAUCCAGCAAUGCCACCACCUGCUAUACCGAUGGAAACAGACAACCCCGAAGUAUCACAACCUACUGAGUCAGCCGAGGAGUCACAAUCGGAGAUGCCACGGAGAACCCCGCUCCCAACUAUUCAAGAAGGCCCUAGAACUCCUCCAGCUGCACCAGCUUCUGACUCCGAGCAUUCCAGCCCCGCUAAGCUCCGUAAGCGCACUCGCCGUGCAACUGCUGCACCACCACCAUGA